AUGACCCGCUACAAAGCAAAUGAGGGCCAUGUCCGUGGAGAUCUCGCACUCGAGCUCUAUUCUCAGCGUGCUGCCGUUCCUGGAGCUCUUCUCUUCGUUGAGUCCAACUUCCCCGCAUUGAUCUUCGUUUUUCCUGUCAUGACUGUGUUUUUCUUCCCCCACGCCAUCAUCAAACGGAAGAGGGACAAAUUGCUGCAUGGCAUGGAAGAAGGCAGGUAUAUUAACCUUCCCAACAUGCUCGCAACAAACGCUGCAACCCGAAGAGCGGGUCGUGUGCGCUGUUCACUCCUUCAUCUACAUGCAGUUGUGGCGCUCGGGCGAGGUGCCUUGCCCGCCGAACUCGAAGAACAUAACUAUCCAUCCCCUCUCGUAUCUUCAGGCGAUAAUACACUGCCGGGAUCAGACAUGACACCUCAGAAAGAUAGGAGGGAAGACUAUGGUGGGAGGAUGGAGGAUAGGUGUAUGGCUGCUUCAGGAGUUCUUGAUGUGGUGACUGAGGCAGAAGGCCAGAAGGUCAUUAAGAUACGACUUAGCCAUCGGGACGAUUCAAUGGUGUGUGAAGCUUUAUUGGCCACCGGUCUCUCAUCAUCACAAGCCAUUUCUGACACGUACGGGAUGUUUUCGUAA